AGCGCAUCAGAACGAGGCUGGAGACGUCAUCGUUUGAAAUCGGCAUAAAGUUCACGCGAAGAAAAACAAAAUGGGGGCUUCUCACUCGCAGUUCACCGAGGAUGAACUAAAGGAUUACCAGGAAUUGACUUAUUUCACACAGAAGGAAAUUUUACACUGCUUCAAAAGAUUUAUGCAGCUAGACCCAGAAGCAGUAAGAUUAAACAAAAAUGCAAAACUUAGCCAGAGAAAAAUCCUGACUCUUCCAGAACUAAAGGUCAACCCAUUCAGAGACAGGAUAUGUAAAGUGUUCUCAUCCUCCAAAGAUGGCAGUCUGACUUUCGAGGAUUUCCUGGAUAUGAUGUCAGUCUUCAGUGAAAACGCACCUAAGAGUGUUAAAGUGGAAUAUGCAUUCAGAAUUUAUGAUUUUAAUGAGGAUGAUUACAUCUGUGAGAAUGACCUGAAGAAAGUGAUUAUGAGAUUGUGUGGGGAACAGAGACUGUCAGAUGACAACAUGCAGGCAAUGAUAGAGAAGAUAUUUGAAGAAGCUGAUCUUGAUGAAGACAAUCAGCUCUCAUUUGCUGAGUUUGAGCAUGUGAUCUCCAAGGCACCCGACUUUGUCAACUCAUUCCGAAUCAGAAUGUGAAAUUCUCUGAAAGGGAACCAAGACUUACACCAGCAGGACUGUUUUGACCAAACAAAUAGCAAGAUCUAGCUAUGAUUGAAUUCUCUCAAAGGUUGGCAAUAUGGGCAUGGCUACCUGUUACUGUAAAUCAAUCAUAUCUCACAUAGGGGGGGGCAUUAGCAGAAAGGGUGCCACCAAUAUUUAUAUACUGUAACUUAUGAUAGAAGUUAAAUUUGUAGAAUUUGGCUCGGAUUUCUUCUGAAUUGGGUUCACUCCCCACCUUGCCCAACACUAGGCUUCUCCAGGAAGGUUCAAUGAUUAUACAAAAAACAAUCUAGUAAUUUGUUAAUUGUUUUGAUUAUUUUGUACUGGCUAGUCUGUAAAUAGUGUAGAGUAUACGAAAAUAAAAAUGUCCACUUUGGUUAGAUCCUAUAGGUCAAUACCCCUUGGGGAUAUAAGCUCAACCGUUGUAACACAAUACCUUUGUGCGCAUACAUAGAGAAUACUACAUGGAAAGUGCGCGCGUACGGUUUUUAUUCACGAGUUGUGCAGUAUUAAAAAACGAACGAGUGAGCGCAGGAUACAAAACAACGAGUGAAUUAAAACUGUAGAAAGCACUUUCCAUGCUGUAUUUUGUUUUUAUAUAUACAUACUGAGAAAUUUAUAGCAAGCUUAUUACAUAACAUUUUAUUAGACUUGGCUGCAGAGGCUCCGUGUUUGUGCUGUUCGACGGUUCAGUUGAACAGACAAAAACUUACAUUGAAAUGAAUCUGUCUCGCUAAUGUCACGCACGAGACUGUAGCUCAUGUUACACAAGUAGUGCACAUUUUAAUUUCUAAAAUCUCGACAUUUAUGGAAUAAAUUAAUUACUAAAUGGAAAAUGCUUGUACGAUUUUUAUGCACUGGGAUUGCGUUGCGACAUGCGUUGGGAUUGGAGCCAUUCAAGUGCAGUGAAAAAAUAUCGUUCGUCCAAUCAGAACCGCGAACGAUUUUUCUUCACGGUGAAAAAAUAUCGUUCGUCCAAUCAGAACCGCGAACGAUUUUUCUUCACGGUGAAAAAAAAUCGUUCGCGCCUCUGAUUUGCUGAGACCAGUGAACGAACGAAAAUUUACUGAAUAUGUUUUCAGUGAGUAUUUCUCAGUAUGUAUAUAAUAAAAUGAUUGAUUUGAAAUACGUAUAGCCAUGCAUUUGUAUCAGUAUUACUACUGAGCAGUAAUAAAUCUAUUUAUUAUAA